AUGAUAUAUGAUAUAGCGCCUUGUUUUAUAUUGUUCAAAUGUGGUUCAACGCCCAUUGGCUUCAAAUUUUAUUUCCCGAGUUGGCUAGAUGUCUAUGCUCUUAGGAACAUUAAUCAAAACCAUGCAACAGCUCAAGCAAAAGCGGUAGCUGUUAUUGAAAUGUGGAUUGAGUCUAGAGGGAGACAAUCAUGGGUAGAGUUAAAAGAAAAGUUGAUAACCUUUCGUUGUCUAGCAAUAGUUCAAAUUAUUGAGAAAGAGUUUCCAUUAGAUUCUUCAAAUCCACUAGAUGUUGCUAGCAGAGCUAAUGUCAAUAAAGAUAUAUCAGAGGUAUGCACAGCACUAAAAAAUUAUUAUCUGAAAUAUUAUGGCAAAAUAAAUGAACUUCGACCACUAUUAAAAACACCUGCUAGUGUUGAUCUAAUACAAAAAUUUGUUGAUCUAUGUAUUGUUGAUGCAUAUAAUGCUCAAAUUGAUGUUGUUUGUAGUAAUGAACAAAAGCAGUUUUUUAAAAAGCAAAUGAGUUAUACACCAAUUCCAUAUAGUGAAGUAUUUAUGAACGAAAAAUCAGUAAUAUUAAUAUCUGGAAUAGCUGGUAUUGGAAAAACAUGGUUGCUCAGAAAGUGUUUGCUCGAUUGGUCGAAUAAUUUAAUUUGGAAUAAUGUUGAACUUGUGUUUUAUUUGGAAUGCAGGAGGCUUAAUCAAUAUCAAAAUGUUUCGAAUAUUAAUGAAUUACUAAAUGUUUUCUAUAAACAUAUUUUAAAUGAUUUUGAUAUUAGUAAGCAUACUACAUUGUUUAUUAUUGAUGGAUUAGAUGAAUUUAAAUAUUUAAAUGAAUUAUUAAAUCCAAAUUUAAGUUGUACCUUUCCGAUUGUUAAUGCUUUAGCAGAAAUUCAAAGUUAUAAACAUGUAGUUGCAGGUAGAGUUUAUGCAAUUGAUAAAUAUCAAAAUAUAUAUCCAGAGCAUAUUGAUAAGUUAACCAUUCAAAUAAUGGGGUUUAACCAAAAUGGAGUUGAAAAUUAUGUAGAAAAUCAUGUUAUAGAAGAAAAAAAAGAAGUUGUUAAAGCAACUUUAAAGGAGUCUCCAAUUGCAAAAGUUAUGGCAACUGUUCCAUUUUAUUUAUCUUUCAUGUGUAAAAUUAUUAGUGAUUCAAGCAAAAUAUAUACAACUUCUUUCUUGACGAUGACAGAAUUGCAUGCAAAUAUUUUUUUAAUUUUUUUUGCAAAAACACAUUAUCAAAAACAAUGGAUCAGUUUAUGAAAUGAUGGCAAAUGAAAAUAAUAAGAAAUAUGUAUUAACUGUUUGUAGGAUAGCUUUUGAAUUGUUU